AUGGAUAAUUCCAAGAACCCAAUGAAACGUACAACAUAUACGCCAUCGGGCAUUUUCAUUAAACUUGGUUCGUCGGAUCGUAGGAGCAAAAUAUGGCAAGUGACCGAUUUCCAGAACCAUUACCUACCUUUUAAGCUUAUUGGUUUGACCGAAAAGGAUCUUUAUAAUGAAAUUGCGAUUAUUGAAAAUAUGGACAGUGAAUUUGUAAGCAUUCCAUCAGAUAUCGACUCGGAUAAUGAUAGAUGUAAUGGAAAUGAUAAUGUAGACGAGCCAGAAAUCACAAAUAAUUUAUCAGAACCGGAUAAUAUGGUAAUAUCAUUAUCUGAUGAAGAACCGGAGGAAUGGGACCCCGAAGACCUUUUUUCACUGAGCGAAUUAAAAACAUUAUUCAAAAUACAGUGGAACAAAAUUGUCGAACAUAUGGUGUUUCAAACAAACCUCUACGCAGAGCAAACUUUUCACAAUUCCGGCAAAAGUUAUAAGUCCACCGAUAGUGUAGAUAUUGGUAUAAACUUACUAAUGGGUAUCAAAAAGCUGCCGUCAUAUUGGGAUUACUGGAGUACAGAUCCAAUUUUACAUAAUCCCUAUAUUAGUAGACUAAUAACUGUCCAUCGAUUUGGUUGGCUCCUAAGUAAUAAAUGUUCUCUGCAUCCUCACGAAUUUUUAUCAGUGGACGAGUCUAUGAUAAAGUUUAAAGGCCGAUCUAUGAUCAAACAAUACAUGCCUGCAAAGCCAGUAAAGAGAGGCUAUAAAGUGUGGAUGAUAGCUGACAGCACUGGAUAUUGCUGGGAUUUUAAAAAAUAUUGUGGCAAAACCGGUCCUGUUGCAGAAAAAUGUUUGGGUACCAAAGUCUUACAAAAAAUUUUCUUUGAUAACUUUUUUACAAAUGUAGCCCUAAUGAAUCAACUGUAUCAAGAAAAGUUACUGUUAGACAUACCAGAAAAAUAUGCCCCAAUUUCUGGAAGAUAA